AUGUCAUCAAGCGGUCUCCGAACGUCUCUACGGACGCGGAGAUGGUUCUCUUCUCUCCCCCCAAUAGAAUGGCUGAGUCUUCGACUGCAAGAAGCCCUGAUAGGAGCUCUCCGACAAGGACCUAUCCCUCAGCAUGUCGCUUUUGUUAUGGAUGGGAAUCGGCGGUUUGCACGCCAAAGCCACAUUGAAACAACGGAAGGGCAUAACCUCGGCUUCGAAGCACUGGCAAAGAUACUGGAGAUUUGCUACAAGGCUGGCGUUAAGGUUGUUACAAUCUACGCGUUCUCGAUCGAAAACUUCAAACGGUCUAAAUAUGAAGUUGACGCCUUGAUGGACAUUGCCAAAAUCAAACUAUCCCAGCUUUCGCAGCACGGUGAUCUCCUCGACCGCUACGGCGCUAAAAUUCGCAUAUUAGGGCAUCGGUCGCUGGUUAACCAAGAGGUUUUGGAUGCGAUUGACCGUGCGACCGAGCUCACCAAACAUAACAAUAAGGCUAUUCUCAAUGUUUGUUUUCCCUACACCUCGCGCGACGAGAUCACAUCUGCGAUCCAGUCAAUAGUUGCACUUGCUGCGCCGCCGCGACCGCACAGGCAGAAUUUGGAAACGUUGGCCGAAGAAAAACCUGAGAUAUCCGAUGCGAUACCCGAAAAUAUCUCACAGAGUAGAUCUGAAUCCCCAGCUUCAAACACAACUUCAGCGUCGACCGUAGUCAGCGGUUCCCCACACACUUCGUCAGUGCCACUCAGGGAACAUAUCGAUUUUGCCGGGGUUCGUCAUCGUGAUAUACUCGAUUUAGAAGAUAUCAGUGAGCAGACAGUAACAGAGCACUUGUUCACUGCCGACAAUCCUCCGCUAGACCUUUUGAUCCGAACAUCAGGUGUUGAACGUUUGUCCGAUUUUAUGCUCUGGCAAGCGCACCAGGACACAGAUAUAGAGUUUGUGGACUGCAUGUGGCCCGAGUUUGAUGUUUGGCACUUUCUGCCCAUCCUCCUUGGGUGGGGUUUAAAAAGAAAGAGGUUUUUACGAGAGGUCAAACUAGAAGAAGAGCGGAAAUAUAACAGAAAUGGGAAUUGGAUGAAAGGUUGGGAACCUGAAGAGUAUACUCAUACAAAGAAAGCACUUUAA